AGCAUGCCAGACAUGGUACCUGGCUGCUCGGCGGCCUGCUCCUGGUCAAGUGCGUAAAUGCGGGCAGGUGCACCUCGAGGUGGGUGCUGAGCUGGCUGUCUCGGUGCUGGCUGUCUGUGAGCUGGUGGUCUCUGGCCCUGCUGAGGCUGUGGGCGAUCUGGGCAGUCUGCGAUCCUAUGACCGGGCCUGCGGCAACGAUAGCAAAUGUCCUGCCCAGCCAGGCACUCUCCCCGGUGGACGCGCUGACAAGUAGCGCAAAUAGCUGGGAGCUGCGGGACCGGUGGUGCUGCCUGAGCUGGGGCUCCUGGUCGACGGUUCCUCCUAUCGUCGCGACCUCUCCACUUCCUCUUGUUCCG